AUGAGGCAGCUCUGCUCUGCUGCUCCAGCCCUGCUGCUGGGCACCCUCGCCGUGCUGUUCAAAAGGUCUCUGUCGGUGGACCAUGUACCCAUGCUGCUUUGGUCAACUCAGAGAUCACAGUGGAAUCCAGACACUGCUUUGCAUGAAGGACACAUCGUCUCAGCACAGGAGCUGACCACACUCUUGCAACCUGCUUUUACCCAAAAUUCCAGAAAUCUCAUCUUGUUCCUGCAAGAUACGCUUAGCGUAGAUGAUUUCACAUACCUCAGUGAAUCCUACGGUAACGAGAAUCCAUUUCAAAAUGUUCAGGAAAUUCUUCAGUCUUCUCCUUCAUCUUUAGUUCUGCCAGCUGUUGAUUGCGAAGCUACCAGGCAGCUUCUGAGCUUUCUUCAGGAGUCGAGAGAUUGGAAGUUAAUAAACACAACAAAUCUUAGUGUCUCUCAGCUGGAAGUGAAUACGUCUAAACCCAACUUACUGGUGGUUCAGCUACAACCGCUUGUCAGGAGAGCUCUACAACAGCUGCAUGAAGGCACUAGCCAGAUUUUUGUAAUUAAAAGGACACAAACGUCACCAGUGGCCAAUACAAAAAAAUUUGUGGGAGCCACUACAGGAUUUGUCGCCUGCAAGAAAGGUGGAUUUUUGGCAGGCUAUACUCGCACACUUCAUAAAACCAAGCCCAACUCCACCUCUUCCUGUUGCAAGUCUCCUACAGAACUGCAAGGUUCAAGUUUUCCCUUCAAGGGGAUAAGAGACAGGAGCAAUUCCUGCCCUGAGACAUCAGGGAGUCCAGGAGGAGAAACAAGAGAGACCCAACAGGGAAAUGGAGCAGACAAAGUCUGCAGAAGGCUGGAAACAUGGGAAAAGGGAAAGUUUUCUCAGAGGACAAGAGGAGAACAUGGUGAAGUGACAACUGCCAACAGGAUGCAAAAAACCCACUUGUCCAAGAGACAAGAAUAUUCUUUCAAACCUAUAGUUACCUGCCAUGUCCUAAAGCAGUGUCUUCAUAAAGGUAUGGAUGGGGAAGGUGUCGAGACUCAAGUUAGUGUCUGGCCUUUAACUUCACUCACCAGGUUUGUGACAACUCUAGGCUGCUCUCCAAGCUCCUGCUGCUCGCCUGCCAGUGCCCAGAGUGCUCAGCUCCUAAGCAAGGCACAGCCUCAGCACAGUGAGGGAGGAGGAAGACCACCUAACUGGGCUGUAACUGUUGACUCCACAGCUGAGGGAGGCAACAUAUACAGGGGAAAGCCUCAAUCAGGACAGCAGCUGAGGAAAUCACCGCAAGCAGGAGAGAAUCUGGAGCUUCAAGAGACAUGUAAAGCUGAUGCCAAGGAUUCAAUACUAGCAGAGGGCUCAAACACAGGGCAUCAAGGUUGUCAGUUCUGA